AUGUCGCUGAAACAGGGGAUUGGAAACGCGGAGUAUUUGAACAAACGAGUCCCAAAGAGCACCAAGUAUCAACACGUCAAAACCAGGCUGGACACAGGAUGCAGUCUGUCCAAGUAUCUGGAGAAGGUGGAGGACUUGAAGAAAAAUUACAGAUACAGAAAUGAUGAGAUCUUCAAGCGGCUCAAAGUGACGACUUUUGCACAAAUGAUUCUGCAGGUGGCGUCUGUGUCUGAACUCGACUCCAGUCUGAGUGAAUACGGCUCCAACACGCCUGAAGAGCAUAUGUCGGUGUCAGAGCUGGAGCUUCAGUCUCUCUCCUCGAACUCUCCGUCCACAGAGCGACAGGAGGCUGGAGAUGUGCUGACGGAGCGCAGCACUCUGCUCAGUGUGAUCAACGGAGUUGGGGAGAUGAGUCUGGAACAGAGGCCAGAGCCAGAACCCAGUCCAGACCCGGGUCCAGACUCAUCGGGACCGUACGCUGACUGCCCCUACCUGCUGCUGGACGUGAGAGACAGAGACUGCUACAACUGCUGCCACAUUAUCAGCGCUCACAGUUUUCCCAUUAUAUGUUUGUCGCGGACCAUGAACCCCUACACCAAAGAAGUCCUGCAAUACAAAAAUGCUCCCGGUAAAAUCAUCAUCGUUUAUGACGAAGACGAGCGCAUCGCGAGUCAAGCAGCGACCAUCAUGUGUCAGAGAGGCUUCGAGAACCUCUUUAUGCUGUCGGGAGGUCUGAAGGUCUUGUCCCAGAAGUUCCCCGGCUCCCUGGUCUGUGGGGCCCUCCCCCCUCUGUGCAACUCCUCAGUGAAGAAGAGCACAGCGCCCCUGGCUGGUCACUCCCAGGCAGAGCAGCGAUGGAGGUUCACGGCAGACGAACUCAACAGGGUCUCAGACCAGCUGGAGGAGGCUCUUGUGCCCAGCAACAACAGCAGUCGGAUGUCGAGUCGUGUGUCGUCGAUUUCGAGUGUCCGCAGCCGGCAGAGCUCCGCCUCCUCCGGCUCUCGGCCCUGGAAGUGA